AUGGUUCGUCCUAGGAAAAUUCAAGAAUCUUCUGAAUCUCCAACACCGAAGAGGAGGACAUCGACCCGUCGAGCCGUUCCCUCCACCCCCUACUGUCUUCCAUCAUCAGACUCUUCUGAUGAUGAAGCUCCGCCCCCAAAACGGAAGAAGGAUCUGGAAACUUCUCAGUCUUCCCGUCGGAUUGCCGCCAAGGCAACAAAUCCAGAAUUUACUGAAGAAAAGUUGAGAAAUAUCCUUCGAAAGUUUGCACCCCCAUCUUUCCCGCCUUCUGAAUCUAAAGAAGAGCCCACAUCAAAAGUUGAAAAAGCUGUUAAGAAGAAGGCGACGAAAAAAAAGAGAAAAAGUGGCAAACCGGAGCCUCCCCAAGAAAAUUCCUCCCCACUGACUGAAAAUAUUGAGAAGUGGGAUGAGAGAACAACUCUCAUGGAUAUCUAUAAACAAGAACCGAAUCCCUCGAGACAAAUGAUAAAAGAGAUUGCAAAAGUGCUGAAAAAGAAGCAGAGAAGAGUGUCUUGGUUCUUCAGAUAUCAAAGGAAUAAGGAAAAGAAUUCGGGCAAAUAUUCGCAUGUUACCCCGGAUAUCAGACUGAAGUUAGAAGAAGAGUUCAACGCGAAUCAGAAUCCGUCGACUGAACGGAAGAGAGAGGUGGCUGCUGCCAAUAAUCUGAUUUUGAAAACGGUGACCAAUUGGUUUGUGAUAAGAAGAAUGAAAGAGAAGGAUCCGGAGAAAUGGAAAGAGAUGAAAGAAAAGAACAAAGCAUGGGAAAGAGAUAGAAAACGACGGUUGAGACUUGAGUCAAACAAGCCGCCGCCGUUCAAAUUCAGUGAAGAACAGAGGAACUUCAUGGUUGGAAAACUCAACGAGGGUCAUGAAAUUACAAUGAAACAAAGCAAAGAGUGGGCAAAGGAGAUCAAUUUGAACGGGUACCAGGUUUACACCUUCAUCCGAAGAUUCAAGCUAAAACAAAUAGAUCCAGAAUAUGCGAAGAGAAUGAGAAAACAACAUAGAGAAAACAGUAGAAAGAGGAGAAAGGAAAGCAAGGAGGAAAAGGACGAACGUCGACCAGCUGGAACCCCGCUCACUGAAGAAGAAGCCAUUCCAAUAAUCGAAAAGGUUCUCAAGGAGAAUCCUUACUACCGUGAAUGUGGAAACGGUGUCUUGAUAAAUACAUUAUUCUGGUCCAAAUCAAAAAUCAAUCAUUACAUUUGUCAAAAUCCAUUGACCGAAGGAAAGACGCUUAAUGAUUUGAAAAUGGUACUUACUCAACCAAUAAUGAAGACGAUUGAACCCGCGUUUGAGCGAAAUCCAUUCGUUACCGCUUCACAAGCGAGAGCGUGGGGUAAACAGUUCAAAGUGAAACCGCAAACGUUUCACACGUUUGCGUUCAACUCAAGAACAAGGAUAUUAAAGAAAUAUCUGUCGGAUGGACAACAGAUUGACACCCUCCCCACCACAAUGAGAUUACUGGAAACGGAAUAUUUUAAGAGGACUUUUGUCGAGUCGGUGACGGAAGCAGCUGAAAUAAUUGAAAGAACCAAAGUGGAGUUCCGUCACGCUCUCGGUUACUUCUCGAUGAGACGACGAUUGGAUAGAGAACGAGGAGUAGAUGUUAUCAAGGAGGAGGAUAUUCCAAAGAUUUACUAUAAAGAUUUCAAAAACAAUCAGAAGGUCUCGUCAAAGACUCCCGAAUCGGAGGAGAGGGUGAAGUUGGAGGAACCAGAUUACGAGAGUUCUAUUGAGGCUGAAAAUUAUGAUGAUUUGGGAGAUGAAUUGGAGAAAGAAGAUCAGCCACCAGCUAUCAAAGAAGAGGAAGAUUCAGAUGAUGAAUUGGAGCAAAAAUAUCAACCACCAGUCAACGUCAUCAAACAAGAAGAUUUUGAUGUUGUUUCUGCUUUUAAUCGGCAAGCUGGCGUGGAGAGUACUGACGAUGAAUCUGAUGACGACUCGGAUGACGACACGGAUUCGGAAAAUUUCGAUUCAGAAUGGAGUUCUGAAGAUCUUCUUUCUGGUGACGAUGAAGAUAACGAAGAUGGUGGUGCCAACAUGUUGAGAGAACCUAAAGAAGAGAAAAUGUAG